AUGGGACAGACAGGGGUGGGGACCCCGGAGCUCUGGCGUGUGUAUGCGGCCAAGGACCGCAGCUGCAGAAAAAUGGUCACCAAAACGGGUCAGAUAUUUGAGUGCCAGCAGUUAAAAUGCGUUUCUUAUCUUUCAGGCUUGGUGUCCAGGUAUGAACCCAAGAAGUGAUCUCCAAAAAGAGACAUUUAUGAGACAGAAUCAUCCCAAUGGGCUAUCGUGGAACAAUGUAAAAGCCAUAAUCCUGAGAAAUUCAUUUUCAGAGAUUUUUGGGAAUGCAAAAGUCAGUUUGAGAGACAACAGGAACAACAGGAGGGCUAUUUGAAGCCAUUUAUUAUCAACCAUCAGCACAAGUCCAUUUUGAACCAAUAUAUAUGCUUUACUCAUUCAGGAAUUUUGUAAUAGGAAAUCUUUGAAUGUUAAGAAUGUAGGAAAAACUUCAGUUAUCUUUUAUUUUUUAGUAAUUACAAAAGAACUCAUUCUAAAGAAAAACUUUCUGAAUGUAAGAAGUGUUGGAAGGCCUUUAUUCAUUGCUUACAACAACAUCUGAAAAUUGAUAAUGGUGAAAAAUGCUAUGAAUGUAAAGACUGUGGGAAGGCCUUUAAUUAUGGCUCAGAACUUAUACUACGUCAGAGAGUUCAAACAGGUGAGACUGAAUGUGAGGAAUGUGGGAAGGCCUUGAGACAGCGAUCACAACUUACUCAACAUCAAAGACUACAUACUGAAAAACCCUAUGAAUAUAAGCAGUGUGGAAAGGCUUUUAUAAGGAGCUUUCAACUUACUGAACAUCUGUAACUCCAUACUGGUGAGAAACCCUAUAGGGGUAAAGAAUGUGGCAAGACUUUUAGGCAUCACUCACACCUUACCAUAUAUCAGAGAAUUUAUACUGGUGAAUGUGGAAAGUCCUUUAGCUAUUGCUCAAGUUUCUCUCACCAUCAGAAAAUUCAUUCUGGCAAAAAACCUUAUGAAUGUAAUGAAGUUGGGAAAGCCUUUUGUGAUCGCUUACAAUUUACCUUACAUUGGAGGAUUCAUACUGAUGAGAAACCUGAGUGUAACGAAUGUGGAACUUUUAGACAGUGCUCACACCUCAAAAGACAUCAAAGAAUUCAUAGUGAGAAACCUCAUGUGAAGGCAUUUAGACUUCAUUCACACCUUAUUCAACAUCAGAGAAUUUAUAUUGGUGAGAAGCCCUGCAAAUGUAAUGAGUGUGGGAAGACCUUUAGCUAACAUUCAAGCUUCUCACACCACCAGAGAAUUCUCGGAAAGAAACCAUGUGAAUAUGGGAAGAACUUUAAUAAUGGCUUCCAAUUUAAAUUGCAUGAGACACUUCAUACUGGUGAGAUACCAUUAAGGUUUCCUCUCCUCCCCACCUAAUCUAACAUCAUGAAAUUAUUUGUAGAGAUAAUACAACUUUUUUUUCUUUAAUGAAGAAGUUAGUAAAAUACUGAGUUUCAUUAGUAUUGAUUAUUUCAGUAAUCCUUGAAAGGAAAUUAAAGUGGGAAAAUGCAUGUUAUUGAAAGGUAAAAAUUGUUCUGGUUUCAGUGCUGUUUCUGAGUUACUGUAAUAACCACUAUUUGAAAUAAAUCUUAUAAAAUUAUGUUUUCACUGAAACCAGUGAAGUGUGGCAAAAAUAAAAUGAAAACAAUUUCUUCUCCUCCCACAAAUCCCUGAGAUAAUCCGUAUGUGUGUGUUGAUUCUUUCUUCAUGCUCAAACGUACGUGCGCGUACAAAGGUUUGUUGUAUGUGAAUGGAAGAGGUUUUACUCCCUCUAGUGACAUAAUUUCAUGGCAAUUUGCCUUUUUAACUUAAAUAA